AUGGCAUCCAAGCGUUCUCUAGUGUCCCGAAACGGGCACCUCCGUCUUCUGACGGGGUCACAGCCUCCCGUUCUGGCAUCAAUAUGCCCUUUCUGCUCCCUCUCACCAGCAUCGCAAGCCAGGACCCGAUCACGGCCAAAUCUCAAGUCUCGACGAUGGCAGUCGACCUCGGCAACUUCAGUGCGCGUCCCAUCCAGCGCCCGAAAUGAACUCGAACAAGCCCUUCUGGAGCUCGAGAAGAAAAUCCCCGGCUUGAUAAAUCUCUCAAGGCUGCAAUUGGCACUUCAGGGCCUGCGCCAGCCGCCGGGCCAGGAAGCCAUAAGAGUCGCAGUCCUAGGAGUUUCCAACGGCUCGAGUGGUAGAGAAGCCGCAAGAAAGGUCCUCAAAGCGCUCAUCGUGGAUCCACUGGUUGACGAGCAGGAAUGGGAGAAGAAGUUGGACGAGCACGACACCAGCAAGCCGUUGAUUGUUCUGGUUGGAUCCAGCCAAGGGAAAGUCACUCGCUUGGUGACAUCCAAGAACUUGCCAGAUGUGCUGGAAGUCUCCUCUGCGGAACUUAAUGGGCUCAAUCUGGAGCUUCUUCUGACUGGGGUGGAAGUGCCUGUCAAUGGAUCGGGCGUGGCCACUGUUCAAGCGCUUGAGGAUGCGGUCCUGGCCCCGGCUAUUGAUGUGGCCUCUGCAGACGAGCAUGGCGCCCCCGUACCAGCGCCUGUUCACCAAGCCCUCUUGGUGGCCGAUGGGCUGACAGGAGCUGUCAGAAUUGCUGGGUUGCCGAUACUCGACAGCGGCGAUGCCAUCACUGCCGCUGUUGACCUCAAGGGGUUUUCAAGGGAGCAACUCGGGACCAACUUCACAUUGAUUGACACCUCGCUGGCGGAGGAGGCCGUCAAACUGUUUCGCCAAGGUCCCCAGAACGCCAUGGAGUACGAGCAUCGCUGGUCGACGAGCAACGUGGGCAUGCUGGUUGCAUGGCUCAAAGCCGGCCUAAAGGCCGCUGACGACGAAACGACUAAACCAGCUGUUCGAAAGCUCAUUGCUUCCAUCUUACAAGGCGCCCACUCCGCCAUUGAGGCAGAGUCUACGAGCCAUGAGUUGGCGCGCGAGUUGUCGGCUACCAUGUCCAGCCCUGAACUGCGUGCCAUGAACGAGAUGCUCUCUGAAUGGGCCCAGAGCGCGCACGCAGAGCUGCAGGAGCAGCUGGACUUGGCUUUCUCCGGCCGUCGCUGGAAGAAGUUGGGCUGGUGGAAGCUCUUUUGGCGCGUGGAUGAUGUUGCCAUGCUGACAAACGAGAUCUUGAGCCAGCGUUUCUUGCCCACUUCGGAACAAGAGCUCGUCUACCUUGCCGGACGUAUUGCUCAACUUCAGGGCCAAGCUGGGCACUAUUCUCAGCCCAUUUCCUCUCGCGAGACAGGCUCCGAUCGCCCUUCGGCUGGGUUUACCGAGAACGAACCAGUGAUUCCGACGUCCCCUCGCUCACGUCUACCCAAGUGGCCAGGACACAUUGCGUUUACGCGGCGGUAUAUCCAGAAUGAGACUGUUCCUGCUCUUCAGUCACUGGCUCAACAACUGGUCGUCCAGUCUCUAGCCACAUCAUCCGUCACCUCAUGUCUUGCAGCAUUGCUCUACGUAUCUUCGUUCUCAUCGACGAUAUUCGAGGCCGGCGCUGUGGCAGCCCUCGGCAUCGUGUACAGCCUCGGCCGAAUGCAGAAGAAGUGGGAGACUGCUCGCGAUUUCUGGGAAGGCGAGGUUCGCGAGGAAGGCCGCAAGGCCAUUAGAGCGGCGGAGGAGAGCGCCGCCGGGGUCCUUGAUGGAACUCAGCAGGACAAGAAGUUGGCUCAGAGACUCAAGGAGCUGGAAGAUGCGAGUGAAGUGGUGGCCAAGGCGGAAGACGCGCUGGCUAGGCUGAAAUAA